GAUUGUGCAUAGAGAACCUCACCCUCUUCUACCACCUCAGUCUCGAAUGGAGAAGGAGAGAAUUGGAGUGCUUCUGUUCUUUCUGAUGCCCUUUCAGCCGGUCCUGUCUCCAGUGAAGACCUUCUCUCAUCAUAAUGUCCCAGCUCCUGCAUGUGGAGAUCCCCAACUUUGGCAGCUCUGUGCUGGAGAGUCUGAACGAGCAGCGCCUGCAGGGCCAGUACUGUGAUGUGGCCGUCAUGGUCAACGGCCAGUCCUUUAAGGCCCACCGCGCCGUGCUGGCCGCCAGCAGCCUCUACUUCAGAGACCUGUUCAGCGGCAGCUCUCAGGGCAUGUUUGAACUACCCUCCUCGGUCACCCCGUCCUGCUUCCAGCAGAUCCUUUCCUUCUGCUACACGGGCAGGCUGACCAUGGCUGCCAGCGAACAGCUCGUGCUCAUGUACACGGCCGGCUACCUCCAGAUCCAGAACAUUGUGGAGCGCAGGAUGAAUCUCAUGCUAAAGGCCAACUCUCCACACUGCGAUUCCCAGACGGCCACCACCGAGGAUCUGGGCUUCGAACCGUCAAGCCCCAACUACAGCCAUCCGGCCCUGUUGCCAGGCGACACACUAAUGGCCACUUGUAGGAUUAAGCAGGAAAGAUGUGAGUCCCCAAUGAGUGAGGAGCACACAGCAAAGGGCCUCAAGGGCUACGCCACGAGGAGCAGUGCUCAAUGUUACAUGAGGGCAGGAGGGAGUGGUAUUGUACCCGGAGUACAGUCGUACCCUAUGGCCUCUGGGGAGCGCUCUAGCCCAGGGGCCUCCAGCCUCCCAGCCACUGACAGCCCCACUUCCCACCCCAACGAGGAGGAGUUUGAAGAGGAGUUCUACGGCAGCAGCAAUACAAACGGGGUUUAUGGGCAGAAUUAUGGGCACCCAACCAACUCCUACAGCAUGCAGGAUAAGUUGGACGUGUUGUCCCUACCUCUGGCCACUGAGAGGCGCUGUGUGCUGAUCGGCAGGGACACGAUGGCGCUGCCACCCAGUCUCAUCAGCCAGAUUGGCUACCGCUGCCACCCCACCCUGUACACAGAAGGGGAUCCCGGGGAGAAGGUGGAGCUGGUGGGAGGUUCUGGUGUAUAUAUGACUCGUGGCCAGUUGAUGAACUGUCAUUUGUGUGCUGGCAUUAAGCACAAAGUGCUGCUGCGUCGGCUGCUCGCCACCUUCUUUGACAGAAACACACUGGCCAAUAGCUGUGGAACUGGAAUUCGCUCCUCCACCAAUGAUCCCAGUCGAAAACCGUUGGACAACCGAGUCCUAAACACUGUCAAACUCUACUGUCAGAACUUUGCACCUAAUUUCAAAGAGAGUGAGAUGAACGUGAUUGCAGCCGACAUGUGCACAAACGCACGGCGUGUGCGAAAGCGCUGGCUGCCCAAGAUCCAGUCCAUGCUCCCGGAGACCAAGGAGAGCAGCAGAAGCUCCUGCAAGGGGCAGUCCAGGGCCUGUGCGUCAUCCCAGACAAGUGUGCUGUCGUCGGCCUUGCCCUUUGAAAUGGACUUCAGACACCUGACGUCGUCCUACCUGACCCUAGAACAGCAGCUCUACGCCGAGAGCCGCAAAGAGACUCUCCUACCUCACCUGCAGUUUGUGGGAUCCACCAGGUCAGAGGAGGGGGCUGCAGCAGCAGAGCUGGCUGAGUCCGAGACAGAGCAUGGGCCUGAGCGAGGAGAACGAGGAGCCCAGGCAGGCCAAGGAACUGAACGCCUCUCUGAGUGCUUGGAGAGAGCAGCUGAGGUCCCCUCCCUCAGCACACAGGGUAAGGCUGGGGCCGGGGGCUCCCCCUCCUCCAAACACACAGGACAGCAGGAGGACAAGUUGCUAGGAGAUGACCAGUGAGCUCCUAACAUCCCUCUUCUCAACCAAUCUAUAUAUGUCUAUGUAUGUGUAUUUAAGCUUUGGCUACUCUACUGCAUGUAACAUCGCAGAAAUUGCAGUUCAGACAUGCACUUAAAAGAAAUCUGAUGAAAAAUGAAAUGCAGUAUAAUAAUUCCCUGAAGAAGAAGAGAAGAAUGCUACUACUGUGGCACCUGAUGGACUCGCUGAUAGAUAAGGUGGGUGAACAGACAUGGGGCGAAUGAGGAAAACCGUUGAGUUUUUAGUUGUCGUCUGUAGUUUGUACUCUUGUAAAGCCUACAAGACCAGAGGUCUAGGGUUGGCUUUUAUGUGCAUUUACCCUCUACUACACCACUGGUCAUAAUGUGCGGCUCACUACUUCUACCAAAAGUUCGGUACCACUUUAUUUUACAGUACAGAAAUUACCUGGUAUUUUACAUAGAAAUUGCAUUGUAAAAUGGUAAUUAAACAAUUCUAAUAACCUAUAACCUACAUUUGUUUAUUUCAGGCUCAAUGCAAGUAGCACCACAGCACCAUUUGGUACCAAGUAGUUAACAAUAGUUUAAAGGUCUUUGAAGUAAGUAGCAGAAAGUACCMAUUAAUACCUCACAAUUUCCUAGAAAAUACCAAGUCAUUUCUGUUCCUUAAAAUAAUGUGCUACCAACGCUUCUUCAUUGAUUUCUGUUUUCUAAUUGUUCUGCUUCCACCUAAUUACCUCUGAUGUGACAUUAUGUUCAUCUAUAUAAUCAA